UUCGCGUUCUCCAAAAUACGCAGAAGUGGUCAUUUUACGUUGUUGUUGUACAAAGGACGGCAAAGAAAUGUACACAGAUUCUAUAAUGUGAAGUCAGUAAGAUUAAAACUCAUAAUUUCAAGAUAGCCAGCAGCUUAACCCCGGAGUGUCUUAUAUGUAAUAGGAAAUAAGAAGAAAACCACGUCAAUGCGACCGCCCCGUUAACAAGGCCAACGGCCACAUUUUGAAAUCCAGACCUCUCCGCUUUUGUUGUGGAAGUCAAGUUGCUCUUAUGCUAACUAGGUCCAUUUACGUGAAAAAAGCAGAGAGGUCUGCAUCAGGAGUAAGAGUUUUUAGAUAGGGUAUAUAUGCGUGUUCAGGAAUAAAUCAUUUAUUCUAAAUACGUUAUCUCUUGUUAGGCUGGCGUAAGGAGAGUCUAUUAUCUCUCUUUUCGAGAUAAAUACAGGAAAUCAGAAGAGAUAUUCAAGUCAGCUAAGGUGGAACUUUUGCCAGUUAACAGAGGGGAUGACGGUACAUUGACUAUGUUUCAAAACAGAUUUAUAAACAUGUAUAAAGCAACGUUACAAAACGUAACGAAUACCAAGAAAGAUGAUUCCAGUAGACAGUUAUAUGACCAGUUAAAGGAGGAAACAAAAGACCUCAGGGAAAUGGACAUUGAAGAUCCAUGGGCAAGAGGCAUUGAACCUGGAAAAAGAUCUGACGAGAUAUUGUUCAAGCAAUGGAAAGAUUAUUUCCUUUUUCUGGCAGUCGUUGCCGGCAUAAGAUCUUCCAGAGAUGCCAAAGAGGGAGCGUUGCUGGUAGAUUCCAAAACUCUCAAGAUGUGUUCCCUAUCUUACCAAGGGUACCCUAGAGGCGUAGAGGGAGCCCCUGAUGAUGCGAUGAUGGUGUCCGCCAUUAUGAAUGUCCUUUCUCUUCGCUUUUACGAAGGCAACAAGUUUUACGCAUUUUGUACAAAUUUUCCAAAGGAGGGGGAGGUGAAAAUUCUUGCCCAGGUGAGAAAUUAAAAACAAUGCAUCGUAACGUAGUAACUUCUUCGUUGGAUUUUUUUUUUUUUAACACCAAAUAGGAUAUGCAAUAGGCUUUGUAAAAGUCCGCGACUUAGUCAACGAGAACUGAAAGAUAACUAUUCAAAUUGGGAGAAGGUACACUGUCAGCCUUGUUUUCGGCUGGCUAUAACGCUUCCAGCUCGUCACGCGAAAAGCAAUACAGUCGAAGCUCUCUCGAUGACAACCUCAGGAAUUUGAAAGGUCAUAACUAGUGAUCGCCGCGUGCAAAAUUGAAUUCUAGUAAGUGACCGCGUGCCGAUACAAGU